AUGUCACGGAAACGCACCGCCGGCGAGAUGGAGCAAGAAUUCGUGCCCGACACCCUUAACAGAAUCAGCAAGAAUGGCGAUGUCAUCUUUGAAGUUGGCGAGGAAGCGACUGCAAGAUGCCGGCUUCUCGUAUCCUCUGCAAUAUUGAUACAAGCCUCGACCACCUUUGCCGCAUUGCUGGGCCCUCGCUUCCGCGAGGGACAGCAACUUGCGUCUGCCAAUACCAAUGGGCCUGUAACCAUUCCACUUCCAGAAGACGAGCCGCAAGCAAUGUCAGAUCUACUCCGGUUGCUUCAUUUGGUCAAUGUGCCUCAGCUUGCAUCUGCCAAGGACAUCAAACGCAUACGCUCGUUUGCAGUGGCGGCAGACAAGUGGUGUUGCGUGGAGGCGCUUCAUCUGCAGUCGCAAGGCAUUCUUCUGAACUCACUCAACACGCUGAAAGCCCCUGACAGGGACGUCAGCAAUCCACUUGAGUACGGGCGGCCUAUGACUGAGCUGGCGAGCGCUGCACUUCUGCUCAAUCAGAAUGGAUCAUUUUCGUCUCUUAUAAGGCGGUUGUUAAUGCACUUCACGGGAUCGUUCCUGCAGUUGGCACCGGAUGUCGAGGCUAACGUCCUGCCAUUGGAGUUUUACUGUGAGUUCUACUUUUGA